AUCAUGGCAGGUCCAGAAGCUGAGGAACAAUUUCAGUUCACUGGUAUUAAAAAAUAUUUCAACUCUCAUACUCUCACAGGCAGAAGGAAUUGUGUACUGGCCACAUAUGGAAGCAUUGCUUUGAUUAUCUUGUAUUUCAAGUUAAGUCCCAAAAAAACUCCAGCUGUGAAAGCAACAUAAAUGGAUUUUAAACUGUCUCCGUUCUUAACCUCAUCUGUUAAGUUCCAUGUCUGGAGAAGCUAAUCCCAAUUCAUCAUGUGAUAAUACAAUAUGUACAAUAAAUUAUGAACCUGGAAAA